AUGGACUCCCUCAACCUCCUAGAAGAAUGGCUAAACAGCCAAGAGUCGUUCGAGCAACCGGGCAUCGAUCUUGACGCGGGGCGUCUCGAUUACGAUGCAGGGGCACUUGGCCAGGAAUCUUGUCUUCCAUUGGACCCUUACUUUGACUCAGCUCUGGACGCAUGUCUUGAUGACUACCUGCCGGCCGAUAGUAACUUCAACAACGAUUGGCUCUUAGGGGAUUUGGACAACUUUCAAGCGGGAGGGAUCGACCAGAUCUUUGAAGGCCAAUCUGCGCCAAUGGGAGAAGAUGCCGUGCCCAUCCCACCGCCACCGAUUAUGCACUCGACUUUCCCAGCGAACGAAUCAGUAGUUCGAAUGGACAAGCUAGAGGCGGAAUUGCAGUCUAUGCGCGAUUCCAUUUUUGCGUUGCGUCAAGAGCUAGACAACUACAACGACUGGUCGUACAAGUUGACAUUCAUCGUGAAUGAAAUCCAGAUGAGGCAGCAUGGAUUGCCGCCAACCUUGCGACAACGAGGCAAGCUCCUGCCCAUGCCAAACCGCCCAGGUGACCGAAGGUUGUCAUAG